UACGGGGAAGGCAGGGUCCUUUCUUGGGGCCGUCGCGCGGGUAGCGGCUGUGAGUAGCCGGACACAGGGCGCAAUGUACUACAAGUUUAGUGGCUUCACGCAGAAAUUGGUGGGAGCAGGGGCUUCCGAUGCCUAUAACCCGCAGGGAUUAAAGCCUUUGGUUUCCACAGAAUCACCGCCUAUCAUAUUUGCCACACCAACGAAACUGACCUCGGAUUACACUGCAUAUGACUAUGCUGGGAAAAACAAAGUUCCAGAACUGCAGAAGUUUUUCCAGAAAUCCGACGGUGUGCCCAUCCACCUGAAACGGGGCCUGCCUGACCAGAUGCUCUACCGGACCACCAUGGCGCUGACGCUGGGGGGGACCAUCUACUGCCUCAUUGCCCUCUACAUGGCUUCACAGCCCAGGAACAAAUGAGCCAGGCUGCAGAGGGCUGGGUUUUGGCUUAAACCCUUUGAAUUUUUAUUGUUUCUGUAAAAAAAAUUUUUUUUUUACUUGAAUGACCUUAACAUUUUGCAAGAAAAAGAAUAGAAUGGUAAUAAAACAAUACUUGGUUUGUUUAUGAAAUGCACAUGGCCUGUGAGAGCUCAUUCAGCAGUUAAAACUGUCGUUCAGAGAAAUGCUGCCACUCUUUGAGUCUGCGCCCUCGGGUUCCGCGGAGGUGCCCGCAGAGGCUGCGAGUGGGCUCGCUCACGGCAGCCUUUGUGAGCAUGCGGUGCAGGAGCCUCUGGUUCGAAUGUGUCUGAGGAAGGAAGACAAAAGCCAAGGCCAGGUGCAUGAAACAAGGGGCUUGAAUUUAUAGUUACCUUGGGGCUUUUCCCAUCUUGCCGUAAAACGUUACCAGAAAUUAUUUACAGCGUGCUUCUAUUCAUUGGGCAGUUUGUUUCAAAGGGUUACUUGCCUCAUCUCAGAUCUUUAGUGAAUUUUAUGUGUCAUUAUUAUGUAUUUAUUCCACCGUGGGAACAGAACACCUGCUUAGUGUUGCGUUGUCGGCCGAUGUUUUAUUAAUGAAGCUGUGACACGAAGUCUCCUUUUUAAAAAUGUUGUGACUUUUUGAAAUUAUGAUUUAUUUUGAUUGUGGAAUAAAUACAUGAAUGAAAAAUUUCAA